AUGUCGAACCCCCUGGACACGGAUGCGGGCUCGGAGAUGUUCGCUAGCUACGAGAAUGAGCUCAAACUCGUACAAGCCGAUCUCAACCAGAAGCUGGACCAGAUCGCCGAAGCCACCGGCGAACAGCGCAAGAAUGCCAUCCGACAGGCGGAGCAGGUCCUAGACGAGGCAACAGAGCUGCUCGAUCAAAUGCGCAUGGAGAAGCAAAAUAUCCCCUCAGCCUCUCGUUCGAAAGUCAACCAGCGUUUCCGAAACUAUUCCUCCGACAUUGACGAAAUCAAGCGCAAGAUGAAGACCCUCUCGGAUGACCGUAAAGCACUCUUCGGCGACCGAUACACCGACGAUCCGCAAGACGAGCAUCUCGAGCAGCGCCAACAACUUCUUUCCGGUACAGAGCGGCUAGAGCGCAGCUCCGCCAGACUGCAGGACAGCCAGCGGAUGGCUCUGGAGACCGAGGAUAUUGGACGUGGCGUGCUGGGCGAUCUGUAUGUCCAGCGACAGACAAUCCAACACACGCGCGAAAAUCUUCACCAGAGCGAGGGUUAUGUCGAUACCAGCAUCAAGACUUUGAGGGGCAUGGCCCGUAGGAUGGCUACAAAUCGGAUAAUCACCAUCGCUAUCAUUACAGUUCUCGUGCUUCUCAUUAUUGCCGUCAUCUGGAGCAAAUUCCAUUAG